GGCGAUUCAUCGCUGGUAAACAUCGACCAGACUACACAGCGCAAUAACCCAGAAGACAGAAAUCUUCAUACUGUUACCUUGGUGUACACCCAACUGAAGGGACUUCAGGUUUGAGCACUGUAAUUAGAGCAAAAUGUUCUUUUAUUACCCAGGAUGGAGAAGAAUAUUUCCGAUGACUUCUUCUCGACUAUUCGACCUCUCUUCUACAUCUCCAGGGCUCUGGGCCUAGCACCGUUUGUAUACGUUAAGAAAACUCUUCCAGGAGGACGAAUAUCUCAACGAUUUGAGUGCAACUCAGCGGCAUUUACUUACAGCGUCUUCGUAGCGGUGCUGACCACAUUUUCAUUUUCGUGUUCCAUUAUUUUAAAGGCGACAUUGGUUUACUCCGAAAUGACUUCUAUUGAUAGAAUUCCUGAUAUUGUGUUGUCAGCUUUAAGCAUCGGUUGUACAGUAUCAUUAAUUUUAAGUUUGACGAAGAAUAGAAAUAAGAUUUUGAGAAUAUUUUUUUUGAUACAAGAAUUAGACUCAAUUUUGUUAAAAAAUCCUGGCAAAUAUUAUAGGAAAGGGAGAGUUUUUGUGAUUUUCCAGUUAACUAUUGCACUCUCCUUCCUUGGAUUUGUCAUUACGUACGACAGCAUAAUUUGGACCUUAGCUGUAGGUGUUAAGAAUUUUGCUUAUAUUCAUCUAUAUCUGGACAUAGUAAUAGGGUGGAUAGUUGUGAUUCAGUUCAUGAAUUUCGUCAUUAUAUUAAGAGACAGAUUCUCUCUUUUAAAUAUACAUUUGUCUCGUUUAUCAAAUAUUUUCGGAAUUAGAAAUCCGAAUGAAGGCGUUUAUCAGCCAGUGUUAAAAUUCAUCAAAAUCAAACAAAAUAAGUCAAAAUUAACAGAGGAAGUCGUCUUAAACUUAAACAACAUUCACGAUGUCCUUUGCGACACUUCUCUGUUAGUUACAUCCGCUUACGAAAUUCAGCUACUACUUACAUUAAUCAGUACGUUUGUUAGUAUGGUAACGUGGUUGUACUUCGGACUAAUUUAUUUUUAUCGAUACGUUAGUGGUUAUAACACUCUAGUCGGUGUCUGGAAUCUUGUAGUAUCUGACAUGUUAUGGUGUUUAAAGCAUCUCGCUAAGCUACUGUGCAUCACAGUGCCAUGUCAUUUGGCUAACAACGAGAUGAGACAGACUUCUGUUGUGAUUCGGAAGCUACACUUUGUAGCACGUCACGAUUCAGGAACUUUGGCAGAACUGGAUCGCUUCUCGCAACAUGUUUCCCUACGUCAGUUCAAAUUCACAGCAUUUGGAUUUCUUAAUCUUGACUUAUCUCUGUUAAUGUCCAUGUUGGGGGCGGUAGCUACAUAUCUCGUUAUUCUCAUGCAAUUCAAGAUUUCAGAUAAAAGUUCAUCUUCAUGCUGUAAAAAUGUGACGGAAUAA